AUUGAAUUUAAAUUCCCCAUUUUCUUUAGUAAGAAUCUAAAAUGUCAAGAACAGUUGACUUGACAGUUUAGUGACGUUAAAAAAGUUAAAAGUACAUUUGAACUACUAUGUAUGUAAUUGGUAUUUUUUCAUCAAUUAUUUAUUUUCAGUUUCAAAAUGAAUAGAAUAAAAUAUGCGAGUCCCCUUUUAUUAGACGGCGAAUCGACUCAAGCUGUUGAAAAUAAUGUGAGGCUGUACGAUGGCGAUCAAAAGACAUCAUUCGAGGGUGGUGAAUUGAUAAUAACGAGUCACCGCAUCCUAUGGGCCCGACCGGGACAAAUAGCAAGAGGCCAAACGUGUCUCGCCUUAAAUUUAAGUUUAGUGGUGUUUUUCGAGGAAGAAUCGCCAAGCGCGUUUAGUUUCAGCCGAUCUAGAAAAAUAGUACUACAUUUAACGGAAACAAACGAUCAUUCUAAUGGUCCUCAAUUAACCAGCAUUUACAAUUUCAUAAAGCUAUCGUUUCGCGAAGGUUACACAAAUAAUGUAGUCAGCAUCCUCGGCAAUUUACUGCAAACCAAACCGUGGGAACCCAAGGUGAUUGAGCAUACUCAAUCCCAAGUCGCUCAAAAUAAACCCCACAUUCCCGCCAUUAAGCCGAGAUUAGGAAUCGUGGGCAUCGAACGAAGUAUACAACAAAAACAUAAAGAAACCGAUGAAAGUAUCAGCCACGCAUUCCAAGAUUUAAGCAAAUUAAUGGUAAUGGCUAAAGAAAUGGUCAACAUAUCUAGGAAUAUAUCCAACAAAAUCAAAGAGAAACAAGGGAGUAUUACAGAAGAUGAAACAGUAAGAUUUAAAUCUUACCUACUCAGCUUGGGUAUCGAUGACCCGGUCACUAGGGAGUCAUAUAAAUCGGAUAAUCAAUACUACGAGAGCCUCGCCAGGCAGAUUUGCGAUUUUAUUCACAAGCAUGUGCAAGAAAUGGGGGGCAUGAUGGCCCUCACCGAUGUAUUUUGCUGGGUAAACAGAGCGAGGAGCUUAGAACUCCUGUCUCCCGAAGACAUUUUGAAUGCUUGCAAGCUUAUGGAAGGUCUCAAUCUGCCUAUAAAACUCUACGAAUUUUCAUCGGGCGUGAUGGUAUUGCAGCUCAGUAGUUUGGAUAGCUCGAGUAUUGCCGAAGCAACUGCUGAAAUGGUCGAGGAAAAAGAGUCUUUGGCAGCCGAGGAGUUAUCGCAAGCUCUGGGAAUAUCGCUUACAUUGGCCAAAGAAAGGUUGCUAACGGCCGAAAAAUUGGGUAAAUGCUGCAGGGACGAUUCUAUACAAGGUUUGAGAUUCUAUCCCAAUCUGUUUCUAACUAAGGAUUAAGCGCGAAGGUCUUCGUUAAAAAGGAACGCAGCAGUACGAAGUUCAGGUCAUCGAUAAUUUCUUUAACGAUGUGGAAUCGAGCAUUGCUAAUGAGGUAAAAAUUAUAAAUAGGAUAUACAGCUUCGCCGGAAAAAUAUAUAUAACACAAAUCAGAUCUAAUUAUUAUUUUAUAUUAAUUUAUUAAAUUUAAAGUUCAUGUAGAUAAAUAACAUAGGCA